GCCUCUGUCUAGCCCCGAGCAAAGAAGGUGGUCAGUACAUUUCGAAGAAUAACGGGAAGAAUAAGACAGGUGUUCCUUCCUCCCUUUCUACCCCCUGCCCUCUCCCCAGCUCGAAAAACCACGCCUUUACCCAGGGGUUCCCUUCCUUUUCCUCCACCUACACACACCUUCUUGCAAAUGGAAGGGCUCCAGCUGGAGAAUCACAUGGGAGAAGCCAGUGACCGUUAGUACCAAAAUGCCAGUGAAGAGAGAACAUACCCUGGGAACGGGGGGUUGGUUCACCAGAAGUGCUGGCAGCCUCUGGGGCAGGCCAGGUGGGCUGCCUGGAGAGGGGGACAGAAGCGGAGGGACCCCAGCAGGAGGAGUGCGGGGCGUGGCUCAGCCUCUCCUGGGGCCUCCGGGGAGCGGGCUCAAGGUUCAGCCUCUCCUGGGGCCUCUGGGGGAGCGGGCUCAAGGCGGUUGCGCCUCUCUCGCCCAGGACGGCCACAUCGAUUUCAUGGAGUACGUGGCUGCGCUCAGCCUGGUCCUCAAAGGGAAGGUAGAACAGAAGCUGCGCUGGUAUUUCAAGCUCUACGACGUCGAUGGCAACGGAUGCAUCGACCGCGACGAGCUGCUCACCAUCAUCCGGGCCAUCCGGGCCAUUAACCCCUGCAGCGACUCGACCAUGAGUGCCGAAGAGUUCACCGAUACAGUGUUCUCCAAGAUUGAUGUCAAUGGGGACGGGGAACUCUCCCUGGAGGAGUUCAUCGAGGGCGUCCAGAAGGACCAGAUGCUCCUGGACACGCUGACACGGAGCCUGGACCUCACCCGCAUCGUGCGCAGGCUCCAGAAUGGCGAGCAAGAGGAGGGCGGGGAGGGGGCCGGCGGCAGGGAGACUGAGGCAGCCAGCUGAGCCCACCCGCGCUGCUUCUGUACUGGGGAGGGGAUGUGUGUUGGUGCCUGGGGUCCUCGUUGUAAUACUAGAUGCAGUCUACUGAACUCAAAGGCUCAGCUUGCCUCUUUGGGGUGCAGGGCCGGGGUGGGCGUACAGAGGAUGGCUCCUGGACCCUGUGCAUGACUCAGCAGGUGGUGACUGCCUCCUGCUGGGGGCCCUCAGGGCCCUCCGCCAGCUUUUCCCACUGAGCUGCCCCAGUCCCACUCUUUCCCCGUCCAGGGAGCUCGGCCGCAGGGCUGGGCUUUCACGGACUCCGCCGGAAUCCUACAGCUCGGGUGCCGCCAUCACACGCCCGACCUGCACCCCAGCACGACGAGCCUACUUGUGUGGUGCGCUGAUUUGUUCCUCCCUCCCAGAAGCAUGUAUUGCACACCUCCUUCGUAUGAACGCAGGAU